AUGACGAUAAGCAUCUAUCUACUGCGGUAUGGAUGGCKGAACGUAGGUAAGAUGGCUCCUCAGAAACCCGUGGUCUUUCCUCCAUCUCUCCGUUUCUUCAUGAUCUUGCCCCCUCCGCCAUCUUCGCCAUCUCGGGGAAGUUGCACURAACAUGCAUGA